GUCCAUGCCGGGGGCACUAGGGAGGGCGCCGUAGAGCAGGGCACUGUGGGGCGAGGUGGUUGGGCCCCAGGUCGGGUCUGGUGCGGGAGUGCUCAGGGUAGGAGCUGGGUGCUAGGGACAGGGCUGUGGAUCCACCCAGCAGCUCCUGCCCUGGGCCAGCGCCUCCCAAGCCCAGUGGGCCGGUACAGAGCAGCUCCUGCGGGCAGAGGAGACCCAGCUGCCCUGUCACCCCGGAGGGUCCCUGCUGGAUGGGGCUGAGGGCAGGUCCCGCGAGUGGAUGGGGAUGGAGCCCGUGGAGCCGGACUACCAGAAGCAAUUCCAGGCCGCUGUUAGAGUCAUUCAGGGCCUGCCUAAAAACGGGUCCUACCGCCCUCCCUACGAGGUGAUGCUACGGUUCUACAGCUACUACAAGCAGGCGACAGUGGGCAGCUGUGAGAUCCCCCGGCCUGGAUUCUGGGAUCCCAUCGGCCGGUAUAAGUGGGACGCAUGGAACAGGCUGGGGAAGAUGUCCAAAGAGGAGGCCAUGGCAGCGUAUAUCUCGGAGAUGAAGAAGGUAGCCCAGAAGGUCAUUGACACGAUCCCGGCGGGCGAGAUGUCUGAGGACGUGUUUGGGUUCUUCGAGCCUCUCUAUGAGGUGAUACACGACAUGCCCCGGCCCCCCGAGUCCUUCUUCAAGAAGAAGGCUGGCGCCGGGCCGGGCCAGGCCGACGAAGCCCCUGAGAGCAGCAAAGUGCCCAGUGACUCGGAAAGCGACGUUUACAGCGACACCCUGGAGCAGAUGGAGCCUGGUCAGGCUGGUCAGCGCGUGGCCGGGCAGAGCCUUUCCCUGAGCAGUCCUCACACAGCCGGCCUGCGCGCCGACGCCGGGCCUGAGUCCCCGGCCCGAGGGGGGGGAGAGCUGGGCGAAGGCGGAGAACCAGUCGGGCGGAGCAGCGAUGGCCCCAGGCCCCUCGGCACAGAGAGAGAGCUGCAGGCUGCCCCGGGAGCCAGGGGCUGUCCUGAUGCUGACCAGGGGGACACAGCGAGCGCAGGGCUCCGGCCGGAGCUGGAUAUGCAGCUGCUUGGCACCGUCCGCGCCCUGCAGGACAACAUGCGGAGCGUCUUGAAGAGGCUGAGCCACCUGGAAACGCUGAGCACCGCGCAGGGGCACGAGUCUGGGUCCGGCCCUCGCCCCCCGCCGGCCGCGCUCGGCACGCAGAAGCCGUCCCGCUGGCCGCUGGAGGUCUCUGCUCGCACCCUGCUGUUCCUCCUCGCCUGGCCCUUCGUCGUCCAGUGGCUGCUGCGGCGUUUCCAGCGCAGGAAAAGGGGAUUGUUCCCUGUCUGAACGCGCAGCACUGAGCGGAAACCCCAGGAACGCGCUGCCUGGUUGGAACUUGCAGCUCAGCCAUCGGGACUCAGCACCCAGCAGACCCGCAAUGGGUAACGAAAGUGGUUCUCCUCCCAGGAGCUGGGAAAGGAGAACAAUCCAGGCGGCGCUCGCUGGGGGAGCGACGCGCUGUCCCCCCGGUGCCAGGGACAGCUCCUCUGAAGGACAAACCACUCCAGAAGUGUGGCAAGGAGCGAUCGGAUUCAGCACUAACUCAGCAAGCCCAGCGCCGUCAGCACGGUCGGGGGGACCCCAGCCUUGGUCUGGCCCAGCCUGUUCUCCUCUGAGAUGCCAUUUCACUUGCGGGAGGACAGGGGGACACUCAUGUGAGACCCGCCAGCAGGCUCCUGUCUCUCCCCACUCGCACCUCAGGUGACCUGCACCACAACAGUGGCAGCAGAUAAACGCCCCAUUAAAGAAAAACAGCUUUUC